UGUGUAGCAGCCAGCAAUGUGCUGUGUUGUGUUGUACAGAGAUGCAGGCUGUACAGGGGGAGCCUCACCAACUCUAGACACCAGCUGCCUGUAAACUCCUGAGAGAGCCGGCUGUCCCCUCCACUGACUUGUCUCCGCACUCUGCUGCACUCCCCCCGCACUCCUUCCACACCUCCCGCACUCCUUCCUUCCUUCUCUCCCGCACCACAACUCUCCUCCGUCCCGCUCAGCGCUCCAGCGGAGGUGUCGGCUCGUCCCGGGCGCUUUACCUGACUCGCCUCACCCCGGACACCGGAGGAGCCCCAAUGCAGUGGCCGUGGCUUUUCACCAUCAUCUUUGCAAACUUUUGCAGCCGGGGAUUGUCUUCCCAACCUGGAAGUCUGAGGAGCCUGAGAGCGUCCAGCCUGCGGAGAGAUGAGAGUAACCUACUUACAAGACUUUACCGAAAAGAAGAAACCAUUCAAGUGGUGGGAAAUGGUUGCAUAAGCAGUCCCCGCUUUCCUGCCAGUUACCCAAGAAACUUGCUUCUGACAUGGAUUCUGGACUCUGCAGAAAACACGAGGAUACAACUCACAUUUGAUAGCCAGUUUGGAUUAGAAGAACAAGAAAAUGAUGUUUGCAGGUAUGACUUUGUGGAGGUGGAAGAGUCUUCGGAAACAAGCUCUGUUAUACGAGGCCGGUGGUGUGGAAAUAAAGAGGCUCCCCCGAGACUGACAUCUAAAAGAAAUCGAAUAAAAAUCACAUUUAAAUCAGAUGACCAUUUUGUGGCUAAGCCUGGCUUCAAAGUUUGCUACUCACUUGUGAAUGAUUUUCCGCCUGCAGCAUCGGAGACAAACUGGGAAUCUGUCACAAGCCCUGUCUCAGAUAUGUACUACUACUCUCCAUCAGCCACUAAUUCCACUGUUCUAGCAGAGGCCAUGGACCAAGCUAUUGCCAUGUUUGACACAGUUGAAGAGGUUGUCAAACACAUUAGUCCUGAGACAUGGCAGGAAGACCUAGACAAUCUCUAUACUGAUACAGCUCAGUAUCGUGGAAGGACCUUUCAAGAAAAAAAAUCUAAAGUUAAUUUAGACAGGCUAAAUGAUGAUGUCAAGCGAUACAGCUGCACCCCAAGAAAUUUCACAGUAAACCUACGGGAAGAACUGAAGGUUACAAGCGCUGUGUUUUUUCCACGAUGCCUCCUUGUCAAACGCUGUGGAGGAAACUGCGGCUGUGGGACUCCGUAUACCAAAUCCUGCACAUGUAUGUCAGGAAAAACUGUAAAGAAAUAUCAUGAGGUGCUGAGGGUUGUGCCUGAAGUUGGCUACAAUAAGAAAAAAAAUGGCAAGAAUUUGUCUAUCAUAGACAUCCAGCUGGAGCAUCACGAAAGAUGUGAUUGUAUCUGCAGUUCAAGACCACCUCGAUAAAAAAAAUGUACAAUGAGAAAUAUUGGAAUAAGUUCUUAUUGAUUCGUGGACUUUUACUGAACUGUCAUGAUUGCCUUCCAAGGAAUCAGGAUUUCAAUGACUUUCAGAUUUCAAUAUGUGCUGUGCUUGAGGAUAGUCUCACUCCGCUUGUUAACAUAAUUGUUGCACAUUACGUGAAGUCUUAUAGCCUUAAAGUGUACCUGUCAUCAUCAAGCAAUGAACUCACAUAUUUUGUUAUUUGAAAGAAAAGCGUUUGCCAGUGGAAGACAGUUCACAAUGAACCAAAACAUGGCACAAACUGUUCAUUGUGAUGUUACUGGUUCUAAUCCUAAACUCCAUCAUUUCAAAUUAGGGUUUGUCUCACAAAUUCUUUCCUUCUGGUUUGAAUAACAGGAACCCUGUAAACAGAAAGUAAGCUUGGAGUUGGAGUAUUUUUUUUUUACAUAGAAGAUCUACAAAUAACCACCUUUAAAUAGAAAAACUUCUUAGAACUUAGCAUCUUCAGGCAAGGCUUUAAAUCUGAUGCAUCAUUUGUAUUUGCUUACAAACCUUCCUGGUAAUAAUGUACUUAAGAGUUUUUUUUUUUUUACAUUGACCUAAAGGCUUGCGUUCCAUCAAAACAUCCAGUCUUGUUCAGAGGAUAAUUCUGUUUUUAAAAUUUCGGUGUGAAAACAAUAGGUUUAUAUUUAGCUUUACUAAAUCUCCACUGUCUGCAUUUGGGUUUGUGCCGAUAGACAAAUGAAGUGCGAUUUCAGGUUUAUUCUGCUGGCAUUUCACUGAUGAGAGAAGCUUCUGAGAUCAUUCAAAGAUUCAUUGACAGGUGCAAUUGAUCUCCUUCUGAUCUGCAUUUGACCUCCUAAGAUGCAUUAACCUGUUUUUCAAGCCGAUUUUGCUUUCCCAUUGACUUUUAUGAGAAGAAAUGCAGUGUGAAUAAAAUAAGUUGAUGCAGCCCAUAUAGUUUAAUUCCAGCUAAAACCUUUCUUUUAGUGUUAGAUACAUUGGGAAUGGGUUGAAGCCUCAUUUUUAUUUUUUUUGGUGUCUGCGUCCUCUUUUAAGCCUCGUACACACGAUCGGACUUCCAUCUGAC